AACUCCAAACUUCCCAAUCGCCUCCUCCUCCUCCUCCUCCGCCGCCGCGAUUUGUCAAUCUCCUGUCAGGGAAUAAUCGUUUGCCAUAUCCCUUCAUUCGCGAGCGUGGAAAAUGAGAUCCAUGCCUGGGGGUUUGACUGCCGCUGCUUCGGCGGCAAGUCUCCGUCCUUCGGUGGCGCCUGCAAACCUCCCUCUCGUCUCUGCAUUGCUUGCCUGUGCUAUCGCUCAGUUUCUCAAACCUUUCACUACCUGGUUGAAGGAUAAAAAAUGGGAUUCUACAAGGAUGCUUGGGUCAGGCGGAAUGCCGUCAUCACAUUCUGCAACUGUUACAGCUCUUGCAACAGCUAUUGGGUUGGAAGAGGGAGGAGGGGCCUCUUCAUUCGCUAUUGCAGUGGUCUUGGCAUGUGUUGUGAUGUAUGACGCGACCGGUAUCAGACUUCAUGCAGGUCGACAAGCUGAGUUAUUAAAUCAAAUUGUGUGUGGGUUGCCUCCCGAGCAUCCUGUUGCUAAUGUUAGACCACUUCGAGAUUCACUCGGUCACACUCCGCUUCAGGUUGCAGCCGGUGCUCUACUCGGAUGUUUGGUAGCGUUUCUCUUGAGAAGCACCACGUGAAGAUUUUGACCUUUGAUGGAUGUAGUUUGUUUGCGUAUAGCUUGAAAAAAAAAAAAAAAGAUGUGAAAAAGAUAGAUUAUUGACGAUGGAAGUAUGAUUUGUGUUCAGCUGCUGGUGAUGACAAACUAUUUUGUUCCCAGCAGGAUAUUCAUUUGAAGUCCACUUUGUGAAACUUUGUAUAAUUGUCUGUAAGCUAAACAAACAUUCUCUCCAGUGUGCUCUUGCCUACACGUCCAAGUCAUCAAGCUUCUCUAUUUCAAUUACUGCGUGAGCUAGUUUUGCUUUUAUAACAGGUGCAGAAUUUCUAAAUAGCUGGUUAGAUUAGAUCAUCAUAAUUUUUGGGGUGGAGUUUUCAUAUCCCGCCUGCUCAAAUUCUACUACAUAUUCUGAAAAUACUUUGUUAUUUUUUUAUUUUUUUUCAUGGCUUAUGUUUGCAGAGACAAUUCCUCAUUUGGAUCUCCGUGUCUUUUUCUCAGCGCUCGAACAUGGGACUUUGAGUAUUGGCACUAAUAUUAAUCUAGG